UUUGAAAAGCUCGCUUAUUCAACCAUUCUUUUCAGAGGAGAAUACGAUCCAGCAAAAUACGAAUAUCAAGGCUCACCAUCAGAGCAGCAAGGAUCCUAUGCUGUUGCACCUCAACAGCAAGCAGCCUACGCUGCUGCACCUCAACAGCAAGCAGCCUUUGCUGCUGGCCCUCAACAACAAGGCUCUUUUGCUGCUGCAUCUGAACAGCAAGGGUCCUUUGCCGCUGCGUCUGAACAACAGGGACAGGUUGCGCCUGCCCCUGCUCCUCGUGAAGGCAAACAAUACUCAAAUGCCCAAGUCCAGGCUAGCUACCAAAACGCUCAGCAGUUUGGCAAAUAUGGUCAACAAUCAUCAUUUGGUCAAGGCCAACAACAACAAUUCGGCCAGGGGCAAAAGCAACAACUGAGCCAAUCCAGCCAGUACUACCAGAAACAGCAAUCUGGACAGUUUGGACAGCAGGGUGGACAACAGGGAGGACAAUACGGCCAGCAGAGUGGAUAUGGACAGCAUCAACAAGUUGAAAAACUUGAGGAACCUGAGCCCACUGGUCCUCCACGAGGUUUCUUCUACAGCUUCGACUACCCAGUCUCCAUCAUCGUCCGCAAAGAUGCGCAGGGACAAAACGGUCCUGUCAACCCAGGACAUCCUGUCGACCACGACACAGUACAACAGGGUUAAAUUAAAAAAUAAUACGAUAGUUAUAACUGAGGACUUGGGAAGUACACAACACAAUCCUAAUUUUUAACAAGAACGGACAUAAAUAUCUUGUCAGUUUUGUACCAUCAUUAGUUCGUAUUAAGUACUCAACCACUAGGUUAGAAAUACUCAGACUAUGUCCCACUAUCGUUUGAUUUCACCUUCUUAUCAGAAGGUGUAACCAAAGAUGGUACUCGAAGAAUGUGAUCGCCUUAGCCAGUUAACAAAAUGAAGCCAUUUGUAUGUUCCACGAUUCACGCACUUCUAAUACGUGUUUCU